CGUGUAGUUCACUUCAUUGUAUUGACUGCGCUCAUCAAUUAGGGGCGCAUUGAGACGCUUUCCGGGCUGCAGCCGCGUCCCGCCGCCCCAGCAGAGGAUUUUACCGACUGAGCCCCGGUAGAAGUUUGGAGAGCGGGGGUAGAAGAACCGAGACAGGCAGCCAUGCCCUCAGUGAUGGAGCGCUCGGGGGCCGGGGUCCUGUCCAGGAGCCGAGCCAAAACCGUAACCAACGGCAAUAGCCAGCCGCACUCCGAGGAGGAGAGCAGCGACGAGGAGCACGCUCAUGACAGCAUGAUCAGGGUGGGCGGAGACUACCAGGCCCAGAUCCCAGAGUUCAAACCAGACACUGUAGCCUCCUACACUGAGAAGGACCAGAGGAGCAUGCUGGUGUGGUGUCCCAACACUCAGCUCUCCGACGCCAUGCUGGACGAGUACAUCCUGAUGGCCAAAGAGAAACACGGAUACAACAUGGAGCAGGCUCUGGGAAUGCUGCUGUGGCACAAGCACGACGUGGAGCGCUCGCUGGCCGACCUCGCCAACUUCACGCCCUUCCCCGACGAGUGGACGGUGGAGGACAAGGUGCUGUUCGAGCAGGCCUUCAGCUUCCACGGCAAGAGCUUCCACCGCAUCCAGCAGAUGCUUCCAGACAAGCUGAUCUCCAGCCUGGUGAAGUACUACUACAGCUGGAAGAAGACCCGGAGCAGGACCUCCGUCAUGGACCGACAGGCCCGCCGGCUGGUCAGCAAGCGGGAGAAGGACGACAGUAACGACGAGCUGGAGGAGGGAGAGCAAGGCAGCGACAGCGACUUCGAGCUUGACGCCAAGAAGGAGGCCAUGAAGCAGAACCCGAGCAGCGCCGGCGCGGAGAAGCCGGCCCCGAGCCGCUCCGGCCCGGUGAAGAAGGAGAGCCUGGGCGCUCAGUACCGGCACCACCCGCUGCGCGCCCGCCGCCGGCCGCCCAAGGGGAUGCACCUGGAGCAGGGCGACAUCAUGUCGCUGUCGGCCUCCCACGACGCCGGCGUCGUCACCAUCCGCCAGCUGGACACGCAGCUGGUGUCGCUCAAGAGACAGGUUCAGUCCAUCAAACAGUACAACAGCAGUCUGAAGCAAGGCGUCACUGAAGGCGUGGACACUUGCAGACCGUCCGAGCCGGCGCCGAAGAUGAACUCCCGCUGGACCACGGAUGAGCAGCUCCUGGGCGUGCAGGCUAUCCGUCGCUACGGUAAAGACUUCACAGCCAUCGCCGAGGUGAUCGGGACCAAAACGCCGGCUCAGGUCAGCUCCUUCUUCGUCAGCUACCGGCGCCGCUUCAAUCUGGACGAGGUGCUGAGGGAGUGGGCGGCGGAGCAGGUGGCCACCAGCCGGGACCAGAGAGAUCCCCGGAGGGGCGGCGAGGACGUGGCGCCGACCGACGGAGGCGCCGAGGAAGACGAGACGCUGCAGGCGACUCGUCUCCUCCGCCCUCCGGCCAGCUCCCCUCCUCCUCCUCCUCCUCCUCUUCCUCCCUCCCUGUCGCAGCCUCCCCCGCUGCUGCGCCCGGCUCCCCCGUCGGCCCCCCCGAGCCUCCUCCGCCAGCCGCCCCCCCUCCAGACGCGGCCGCUCCAGAACCGCACGCCGCACAACCACCCGCCGCCGCCGCUCAUCCGGCCCGCCGUCACCUCCUCCUCCACCUCCACCGGGAGCUCCGGCCUCAGGGGAUCUCCUCCCAGCUCCUCCUCCUCCUCCGCCGCCGCCACCGGCGGCGGCCAGAUGCCACCGUCGCUGGUCGGGAUCAAAGUGGAGCAGACCAACUCACACUGAUACACACGAGGAGUAGAAACACACACACAGACACACACACACACACGCUCAGGUCCCGCCAGCUGCCACGGCUCGGUCAGGAAGAGGCCUGCAGCCCCUUUACUGUCCAAACGCCUACCUCCACACACACACACACACACUUUCCACCAAACACACACUGGAUCAUUAAGCUGUAGAAGGAAGCCAUGACCACAGGAAGCCACCUGCUCGUCUCCAUGGCAACUGUUGAACAUCUGGAGAGUCACACACACACUUAAAUAUAUAUCUAUCUAUAUCUCUAUGUAAGCCGUAGGUAGGCAGGUAUCAAG